AACAAUGUUUUCUGAGCGAAUCAAGGAUCAGAAUAAAACACAGAUUGACUAAUUGAAUAAAAGGGAUAAAAGUUUGCCUCUGGAGGCAUUCCAAACGAAAAAUACCUGCGAUGCAACGGCGGAUAAGGGGAAAGUGGUGAGUACAAGCAACGAGUGCCAACUCCCCACCUUGGUGACAGUUGAUGGUGAAAAAAGCCAGUUUGUUGCUGAUCGCGAAGCAUUUUGUGUUUUUUCUCCUUUGUGAAACUGAAAACAGUGGUUUUCUCACUUUGUCGUGCCCCGAAAUAAUAUAAAACUGUAAUGUAGCACUUGAGCAAGUGACAUCCCAGAGAAUUACCGUGAAAAAUGACUGAGCUGACGAAGGAGAAUCUGCCAAAAAGUGGACGCGUGAACGCAGUGUGCAAGGAGUGGCUUGUCCGGGAAGAUGGGGCGCUUGCCUAUCAGCUGCAAUCCCAAGAGAUCAAUGAGCACUACAAGGGGAAUCGCUUCCGGAACGCUCUAGUGCGCCAGGAUUAUCCCACAGCGCUGCACGAGCAGAUCAAGGAGAAGGAAUACGCAGAGCGACAGGCAGCACUCUAUCAUCAAAUGAUUAACGAACAGGAAGAGGCGGACGCGAGAGUGGCACGGGACUUGGCGAAGAAGCUGGAUGUGGACGUGGAGAAGAGGCACCUCGUGAGUGAAGCUCCACCGCUGCUGAAGAAUGAACUGCCGAUUCCGCCGAGGAAUUCAAAGACGCAGCGACCAAAUAUCAUUCAGCACACGCCACCAAUUGACGCGCCAAUUGAACGGAUGCCGGCGAGUGCUCAGCUGAACUAUGCUCAAUUGGAUCUGCCACGACCGUCGACAUCGUCAUCAUCCACGUACGACACGGUGUACAAUGCACGCAAAAUGCCUUCGCUGGACGAUUGCCCAGUGAAUCUGCAGUCGCACACACCAGAAAAGGUCUUGGCACCGCCACUGCCGCGCCGGGAGAAUCACUUUGACGCCUUCGAGCAGAAUCUCAACGGUGUGGCGCACUGCAGCAAGCACUAUGAUGAUGAGGCGGAGGAGAAUUGCAACUUCCAGAAGCUCUCGCCGGCCAAGUUCGACUACUUGAUGGGCAACAAGCCCUCGUGCUCAGCAGAUGAUCCCAUUGAGACGCUGCGGGAUCUGGGAUUGCCACCUGAGGAGAUCCAAGAGAUUGACAGGCGUGCCAGGCAGGAGAGAAAGGAUGAGGAACUCGCCAGGCAACUCCAAGAGCAGCUGACGUGUGAAGUGAGCCAGGAGGAGCGUGAUAGGAUUGUGGCAAUGGAGGCGCAAGAUAAGGAACUUGCCCGGAUGCUGCAGGAUCGGGAGAGGGCCAAGGCGAAGAGGGCGAAGGAGAGGGCACGUCUCAAGAAGCAACAGCAGCAGCAGGAAGAAGAAGAGGCCGCCAGAGGAAUAGAGAAGCCUCCGAUGAUGCAUGAGUCCGAUGGGGACUCUUAUGCCAAUCCAGUGGACUUCAUUGAGAAUAAUCACGGACAUCAGGAGUAUCAGCGAGAGCAGUUUGGGAGAAGUUCGCAACUGAACAGCGAUGAAAACUACUCGAAUCCAGUUGACAUGCUCAUGCAGUCGUCCAACGACACUGACCAGGUCAAAGUGUCUAUUAACAUAAAGAAACAAACGGCUGGAGCGAAGAAGCAAGAUGAUCAGUUUGGAUAUUCAAUGUCGGGAUCAUCGAGUGCCAACAACUAUCAGGGACCGUCGAGGCCCAAUCAUUUGGACAUCAGAGGUCCGAUCAAUCGACCGGCCGCGCCGAGAGCUCAUUUGCCGGAGGGCAUCGAGAAUAUUGCCACAAUCAUCGAUCCCACGUAUCAGCACAGUGCGAACUCCACGCCCGGAAGCGCCUUGACGCCGCCGGAAAUGUCAGCAGAAUUCUCAGAUCAUAGCUCCAGUCCAGUGCCUCCAUACAUGCCAAUCCAGGGCUCGCGUCGGACAACGUCCCUGGAGCAUAAGAAGAAGAAAUCAAAAGAUAAGUGUGCUCAUCAGUAA